GGCGGCGCCGUCACGUGAGGCCCUGCCCGCUCCGCUCCCCGCACAGCCCCGCCGCCGCCAGCGCCAGCCCCGGCCCGAGCCCCGCCGCCGCCUCGCCUCGCCUCUCCUCGCCUUCCCCGGCGCUCCCAUGCCCAGCAGCGAAGCGGUGCCGCUGGGGCUGGGCGCCUGCCGCAGGUCGGGGGCGCUGGGCGGGAUGCUGUCGCUGGUGGCGCGGCUGCUGGAGUGGCUGCGCUCGCUGUUCUGGAAGGAGGAGAUGGAGCUCACGCUGGUGGGGCUGCAGUACUCGGGCAAGACCACGCUGCUCACCGUGCUGGCGUCGGGGCAGUUCACAGAAGAUAUGAUUCCUACAGUAGGCUUCAAUAUGAGGAAAAUAACAAAAGGAAAUGUUACCAUAAAGGUAUGGGACAUUGGAGGACAGCCAAGGUUCCGAAGCAUGUGGGAGCGUUAUUGCAGAGGAGUCAAUGCGGUUGUUUACAUGGUGGAUGCAGCAGACUUAGAAAAAGUAGAAGCUUCAAAGAAUGAGCUACACAGUUUGAUAGAUAAGCCACAACUGCAUGGAAUUCCAGUGUUAGUUCUUGGAAAUAAACGAGACCUCCCAGGUGCACUGGAUGAGAAGCAGCUAAUUGAGAAAUUAAACCUUUCAGCUAUUCAAGACAGAGAAAUUUGUUGCUAUUCUAUUUCCUGUAAAGAGAAGGAUAACAUAGACAUAACAUUACAAUGGCUUAUUCAGCACUCCAAAUCAAGAAACUGUUGAAGGAAACUUUUGCUGAAGAUAACUCUUCCCCARUCACUUUGACUCCUAUCAACUAUACACACUGAGAAGAUAAGGAAUGCAAYUGUCUACUACAGGACUCACUGUGGUCGUAUUUGUUAACAGAAGUAAAUCUGAGUUGUAACUUGUCUGUCUAUUUUGUUGUUUUUUUUGGUUUUUUUUUUGUUUUUUGUUUAAAUCCACAUAUUUGUCUGCCUAGAUGAAAUUCCUGAACGCCUUAAUACAAGACUGGAAGAAAUCAAUAACUUUUUUCAGCUGAAAUGUUUUGAGUUUAUGCAUGCAAAUUGUCAAAUACAUAGUAAUUUUUUUCUAAUUCGAAACUGAAUAAACUGUGCAGUGGAAACAAAUGACUGGUUUUUUUUU